AUGUUGUCCGUUAACCGGUUAAUGGAAAACACCUUCCUCCUCACAACCGGUGCCUUGUCACUCUGUGCAUGGGUGAUUGCAUUUGGUGGUGUUUGUGCCUUCCGUGCAUUGCCAAAUGUUGGCUAUUGGAUUAUUGUUUACGAAUUGUUUUUGACUCUUGGCAUUCUCUUUGUGUUCAUGUCUGGCACUUUUCUUCAUUACAGAAUGGCUUUGUUGACAUUGCUUGCUAUUAGCAUUGCUCUUCUUCAUGGCCAAAUCGAUUACGUGCUUCCUAUUGAAAGAUUUGAUUCUCGUUUCAUUGAUCAAGGUGGUGCUGCCGCUGUGGGUGCAGGAUACAUCAUUAUGAUUAUUAUUCAGUUCCUGUGGGUGUUCGUUUUUGGCAGUGAGCCCAACAGCUACCUUGGACAAUUUGGUCAUGGAUGGACCGCCAUGAACAACAGCGUUGAACAUCAUCACGUCGAUAAGGCACCUGCCACAACAACAGCAGCAGCAGUAGCAGCCCAUCCUCCUCAGCAAUAUGAAAUGGGUGAUAAGACCAUUGUGCCUUCCCCUGGUGCAUACAAUGAAUAUCCUCCCAACAGUGCUGCCACGCCACACCCUGCUGCAGCUUCAUCCACCACCCCAGUGUCCCCAGCUGGACCUGCUAGCUAUCCUAUUCAAGUUGAAGCAUUGCAUGAUUAUAAAGCAAGCCCAGAUGAUCCAACAGAAUUGAGCUUUAAGAAGGGCGACAUUCUUCACGUGGUGGAGCGUAAAGGAAAUUGGUGGCAAGCACGUAAUAGCGAAGGUGCCACUGGUAUCAUCCCUAGCAACUAUUUUGCCCCAUAA